AAUAUGUCGAGAAUCAUUUUCCAAUUUCCAAUCAAAUCAAAGCUACAAUAAGAAUAAUAUUCCUCUGCUGUUGCUACACGUCUGCCAUAAAACUUCAUAGCAAGCUUCCUUCCAGAUCGAUCAUCCAUGGCGGCUGCUCUCGUAUAGCUGUGGUAGAUCCUCGUGCUUCAAUCACCAUUUAUACAACCGCAUUUUCACAAUGGGUCACGAGUUUCAGUAUUUAUUAGAAACCAAGAGAUUCGUGUGGCUUGUAGCACUGGUAUUUGCUAUCUUUAUGAUGUUUCAGUAUUUUCAGUUUCCAAACGGCUACGUUGUAUCAUCCUUAUUCCCUGUCAGUGAUGGUCAAAUAGUUGCCAACACCACCCGUUUUCAUGCCUCAGAUAUCAGUAAUAUUAGUAGUUUACAUAACAAUACAUCAAAUGCUUUAAGUCCGAUAUCCGCAACCCAUUUACCACAGAAUUCACCGGCUUUAACACCUACUGCAGCAGUAAAUAUUACACUAAGUGCUCCUACAAUACCUUUAGGCCCCGUCGCAUCUGAAUCAGAUAGAGACGUAUCAACAUCGGUCAAAGAUUUUAACGGAUUGCAGAAAAAUCCGGUUCGUUCAGACGAUAAAUCAUCGGCAACCAAAGACGUUAUUACGGAAGAUGUCGUGACAAUAUCAGAGAUGCAUGAUAUGCUGGUUCAUAAUCGAGCUUCAUCCCGUUCUAUGAAACCGCGAUGGUCUUCAGCAGUAGAUAAGGAAUUACUAGAUGCCAAAUUUCAGAUCGAGAAUGCUCAUGUUAAUGAAAACGAUCCUACGCUUUAUGCUCCCCUUUUUGUUAAUGUUUCAAGGUUUAAGAGGAGUUAUGAAUUAAUGGAAAAGACUCUCAAGGUAUACAUAUACAAAGAAGGCGCAAAGCCGAUAUUUCACGAGCCACAAGCAGUGCAAAAGGGAAUCUACGCAUCCGAAGGAUGGUUCAUGAAGAACAUGAAAGCAAGCCAACAAUUCGUUACUAAAAAACCGAAACAAGCCCAUUUGUUCUACUUGCCGUUUAGCUCUCGGAUGUUAGAAGAAAAACUAUUUGUUCCCGAUUCUCACAGUCACAACAACUUGGUACAGUACUUGAAGAACUACCUUGACUUAAUCGCGGGGAAAUACAGUUUUUGGAAUCGAACCGGUGGAUCGGAUCAUUUCUUUGUUGCUUGUCAUGAUUGGACUCCUUCCAUAACAAAGAAACAUAUGAACACUUGCAUUCGCGCUAUGUGCAACUCGGACAUCAAAAAGGAAGGAUUCACACUAGGAAAAGACGUUCCUUUACCCGAAACACUCAUUAGUUCACCUAAGAACCCGUUACGAGAAUAUGGCGGAAAACCCGCUUCCGAACGCUCAACCCUCGCUUUCUUCGCGGGCCGAAUGCAUGGUGACGUCCGGCCCAUUCUUUUACAACACUGGCAAAACAAAGACCCUGACAUGAAAAUAUUCGGAAAGCUACCGAAAUCCAAACACAACAUAAACUAUAUUAAUUACAUGAAAAGUAGCAAGUAUUGUAUAUGUGCAAAGGGCUAUGAAGUCAACAGUCCUAGAGUUGUUGAGGCUAUUUUUUACGACUGCGUCCCCGUGAUCAUAUCCGACAAUUUCGUCCCCCCGUUUUUCGAGGUUUUGAACUGGGAGUCGUUUGCGGUUUUCGUGAAGGAGAAAGACAUACCGAAUUUGAAAAAGAUUCUCGUUUCGAUUCCCGAAUCGAGGUAUUUGGUGAUGCAAGAGAGGGUUAAAAAAGUACAAGAGCAUUUUUUUUGGCAUGUUAAGCCAAUCAAGUAUGAUAUAUUUCAUAUGAUACUACAUUCAAUAUGGUAUACCAGAGUGUUUAGAACUUUAGAAUAAAUCUAUAGUAAAUAGAGAUAAAUAUGAAUAAUGGUUUUUUUUUU